UUUUUUGCCUUUGUGUUGUGGGAGCCUUACUUUGGAGCUGAGGUGAUUUGGGAGCUGCUGCCCCGGGGUAUCUGGGAUGUAUUGCUAGAACUUAAAACUUCCCCCCCUUCCAGUGCUACCAAGCAGGUGAAGGACAAUGUCUUCACGUGGCUCUGCAGUGGCCUUGGGGCUCGACCCCCAGCCCAGCUGCAGCGCUCCAGUGCCUGCACCAAGGAAUUCCCUCCUGGCACAGCCUCUCCCUCCCCCGUGGAGCUGCUCCCUUGCCCUGCUCGGCCAGGAGGACAUCGUGGAGAGCCACAGCGGGAACUCGUGCGAGCUGGGGGUGGUUCUGCUGGACUGCAGCUGCCCAGCCCCCGACCCGCAGCUGGUGCGCAGGAUCGUGGCCCAGGUGGAGUUCUACCUGUCCGACGAGAACCUGGCCAAGGACGCCUUCCUCCUCAAACACGUGCAGAAGAACAAGAUGGGCUUUGUCAGCAUCAAGCUGCUGACGUCCUUCAAGAAGGUGAAAUACCUGACCCGGGACUGGCGCCUCACCCUCUACGCCCUCAAGUUCUCGGCGCUGCUGGAGGUGAACAAGGAGGGCACCAAAGUGCGGCGGCGUCUCCCCAUCCCCGAGCACCUGCUGAGCGUCCCCCCCAGCAAACUGCUACUGGCCUGGGAGCUGCAGCCGCGGGAGCAGGACCUGCCGCUGCAGAAGAACUUCCUGGAGACCAUCACCAGGAUGUUCAGCCCCUUCGGAGCCAUCGCCUCCAUCCGCCUGCUGCGGCCGGGCCGCAAGCUGCCCUCGGAUGUGCGCAAAUAUUCCUCGCGGUUCCCCGAGCUGCUGAGCCGCUGCUGUGCCCUGGUGGAGUACGAGAGCCUGGAGAGCGCCCGCAGGGCCUUCGAGAGCCUCGGGCACCGCGACUGGCACGGCGUCAGGGUGGUCCGGCUCUGCGGGAAGGGCGGCAAGAAGAAAGGCGGGGAGGAGCGGGCGGGCUGGAAGGUGCCGCCGGCCGCCCUGACCUUCCCCCGCAGCCUCGAGGGUUCCCUGCGCGGCCGCUCCCCGGAGCCCGGUGAUGCCUCCUCAGGGUCGCUGUCCCACCUCCUGAACCAGGACCCGGUGGCACCGACCUGGCCCAGCAGCGACUUCGCGCCUGCAAAUUCCAGCGCCUUUCCUGGCUCGCUCCUCACCAGCGAAGGCUUUCCCCCGCUCGGGGUGGGCACCGAAAGCCGGGGCAGCACGGCAGGGUCCUGGUCCCCGUGGGGCAGCAGCCUGUGCCCCCCGGCCAGCCCCGCUCCCGGCAGGGCCCUGGCAGCGCCGUGGGUGCCCGAGCCCCUCGGGCCCUGGGACGGGCUCCUGAGCCUGCCCCGCAGCCCCGAGGGCAUCAAGGGCUUCGGGAGAGGAGAGCUCGUCCUCCGGCGCUGAACUCCUUCAGAUUCAGGCUUUAUGAUUUUCUUUCUUUUCCCUUCUUCUCUCGAGCAGAAGAAUUUUCUAUGGCCCUGUGAGCUGUGGGCAGUGGCAGUGCAGCUGAUCCAGGGGACAGAAGUUUAGGGGCAAGGACGAUGCUCGAGGCAGAGGCUGAGCAGCAGCAGGAGCUGUGCUGUGCUCGGGCUGGUGGGACUGCGCUUGCUCAGGGCCCAGAGCUGGGUUUGUGGUCCAGGUUUUGGAUGAGAAAUGGACAAUAAAGAGAGAUGAAGUUUCCAGGCACUCUCUGGUUGAUGCUGUGAUUUUUUUUCCCCUUAUCUUUCCAGGCCUUGCUGCUGCCUGAGGUGCAGCCAAACAAGGGAAGGAGGGUCCCUGCCUGCCUGCAGCUGC